UAGAAAUAUUAAGUAGGUAGAUGGAAAGCUCUGGACAGGAGAUACAAAAUUUGAACUUCUUCAACAUAGAUGGGUUCUUUGACAAAUUGUGUUUAUAAAGUAAUAGCGUCCUCAGAAAGUCUCAUCUAGUAGGAAAGAAAGAUGGAAAACUAACAGACACUCUUGCUCAAUGCUGAGCAAGUACCAGGAGAGAGCCCAGCUCUCACAGGUAUAUGAAAUAAUGCAGUGCAAACAGGCCAAGCUGAAAAGGGACGUAGGUAAGUCAUGGGUUUGAUGUUGCUAUGUUUCAGGUCACUGUUGACAAGUGGGAACCUUUGUUGAACAACUUGGGGCAUGUCUGCAGAAAACUUAAAAAGUAUGCUGAGGCAUUGGAUUAUCACCGUCAGGCACUGGUGUUAAUUCCUCAGAACGCAUCCACCUAUUCUGCCAUAGGGUAUAUCCAUAGCCUGAUGGGCAACUUUGAAAAUGCCGUGGACUAUUUCCACACAGCCCUUGGUCUUAGGCGAGAUGAUACAUUUUCUGUUACGAUGCUUGGUCAUUGCAUUGAAAUGUACAUUGGUGACUCUGAAGCUUAUAUUGGAGCAGACAUUAAAGACAAAUUAAAAUGUUAUGACUUUGAUGUGCAUACAAUGAAGACACUAAAAAACAUUAUUUCACCUCCGUGGGAUUUCAGGGAAUUUGAAGUAGAAAAACAGACUACAGAAGAAACAGGGCUUGCACCACUGGAAACCUCAAGGAAAACUCCAGAUUCCAGACCUUCCUUGGAAGAAACCUUUGAAAUUGAAAUGAAUGAAAGUGACAUGAUGUUAGAGACAUCUAUGUCAGACCACAGUACGUGAUUCCAAAUAGGUCCUGAUUUCAUUUUGUCCUAGAGUAAAGUAGAUCAGUGUUCUUCACCUCCUUGUCAUGUCUUAAGAAUUUCCCAUUUCUUAAAACGAAUCCAGACUACACCUCUACAUUUAGGAAUGGAGACCUGCCUUAAAAGACUGGGUAACUCACCUUUGCAACAGAUGUUUUCUGAUCCUACAAAAUAAUUAUACAUAGUGAAAUAAAGAAGAUAAACUAUC